AUGCCACUCGACACAUCGACCUACUCUCUCGCGCUCCUGCGCCUCGAUGGCCGCCGCUGGAACGAACUCCGCCGCAUCCACGCGCAAAUCAGCACCCAAGCCGCCGCCGAUGGAUCCUCGUACCUCGAAAUGGGCAACACCAAGAUCCUCGUCAGCGUGACGGGGCCGCACGAAGGGCGCCAACGCCAGGGCGGUUCCAAUGGCCUUGCCAAAGUCGAGGUGGAAAUCAACUUUCCCGGCUUCAGCGGCACCGACAGACGCAAGCGAGGCCGCGGGGACAAGCGUACGAGCGAGAUGGAGCAUUGCCUCCGCGAGGCCUUCGAGGGCGUGCUGCUGCUGCACCUUUACCCCCACAGUACCAUUACGUUGAAUGUGCAUGUCAUCAGUCAAGACGGCAGUCUACUGGCGGCUUGCAUCAAUGCUAGCACGCUUGCGCUUAUCGAUGCUGGCAUACCCAUGACUGACUACCUCGUCGCAUGCACGGCAGCAUCGUCAGCAAGCUCGGCGGCCGCAGACAAUGCUUCGGCCGACGACCCGCUACUGGAUCUCAAUACAUUAGAAGAGCAGGAAUUGCCGUUUCUGACAGUAGGCACGUUGGGCGAGAGUGACAGGGUGGCCGUGUGUGUGCUCGAGACGAGAGUGAGAAUGGAGAGGGUCGAGGGCAUGCUGGCCGUGGGGAUCGAAGGGUGCAAGAGGAUGAGAGGAAUUUUGGACGGGGUUGUAAAGGGAUAUGGAAAGAGAUUUGCGUGA